AUGUUACGAUCAACGAAUAAAGUACAAACGGUUUAUGUACGAUUAAUGUUUCUUCGAAUAGGUGAAAUUGAUACAUUAAAUGAAAAAUAUCAAGCACAAGCAUCUAUUGAAGCUCGAUGGCAAGUUGAAUUCGAUAAACUUUUAUCAAGUCUUUCUCCUGAAGAUCAAAAACGUUUAGCUGAUGGAAAAUCUGUUUCACUUUUAAAAUAUGCUGAAUCUCAUUGGACUCCACAACUUUAUAUCGAAAAUACUAUAGGUGACUUAAAAGAACAAAUACGAUAUACUGCUAAAAAGUCCAAAGAAGAUACUCAAAUUUAUGUUUGUGAACAUCGUGAUAUCAAAGGUGUAUUUUGGGAGAAACUUGAACUUCAACAUUUCCCAACCGAUGUUCAAGAUUUAUCAAUAUCUAUUGGUUCAAUGCUUUAUAAUGAUAGGGUUAUUUUGGUUGCUGAUCCAUAUCAUGGAAGUGGUGUAAAUCGAGAAGCAUUUGUUGAUCAACAAGAAUGGAAAUUAUAUGCCUAUGUUGAUACUUUACAAAGAUAUAUCACUGAAUUUAUUUUUCGUGAUACUGAUGAUGAAGAAGAUGAAAGUAAUCAAAUUGAAAAUAUAAAUAAUAAAGAAGAUCGGAAACGAUCAAUUCUAUCAGUAACAUGUCAUGCUGCUCGUCGAUCGAAUUACUUCUAUGUGAAUGGAUAUUUUCUUAUAUUCUUAAUAACUCUGGUGUCUUUUUGUAUAUUUGCAAUUCCAGCACAUCUUUCAGCUAAUCGAAUUCAAACAUCAUGUACACUUCUAUUGACUUCAAUUACAUUUCGUUGGACAGUAAAUCGAUCACUUCCAACUAUAUCAUAUUUAACAUCAAUGGAUAAAUAUGCAAUAUUAUGUAUGGGAACUCUUGCUAUUCUUUGUUUAUGGCAUGCGGUAGUGGGCGCAUAUAUAUUUUUGCGCACACCUGAUUUUCGCUUAACACCAGACAUGGAUAUUGCAUUCGUAGAUCGAUGGGUUUUUAUUAUUGCUAUUGGUAUUUUUCUUUUCAUUCAUUUGGUAUUAUUAACAUGGCUUUAUUAUGUUCCACUUAAAUGUCAUCGACAAAUGGAGAAAAAGGAGGAUGAGUAUCGACACUCAAUACAUAAUGCAAAAAAAAAUCUAAAAUAUAUACCUAUCUCAAUGUAA